CUGGUCAUUUCUCGUCGACAUUUCCUCUAUCUGGAAAAAGCCACAGUGAAAGAUUUUUUUAUACCAUUGAUCAAAUGGCUGGCGUGUGGUUGCUCCUGAGUCUCUUUGCCUUUGGUUCAGCUGAAGCUGGGAAACUGUUGGUUAUUCCAUCAGAUGGCAGUCACUGGUUAGGGAUGAAGCCUAUUGUAGAGGAGCUGGGGAGGAGAGGAAACCAGGUGGUGGUCGUUGUUCCAGAGGCAAGUCUGAGUAUGGGUCCUUCAGAGUAUACCACCACUCUGACAUAUCCAGUGAACUACACCAAGGCUGAAUUAGAAGCGAACUUAGCAGAUCAGUUAAACACAAUUCUGAGCAUUGAUAUCUCUACAGACCUGGCUAAGUUUCAGUCAUUCAUCAUCUCACUGGAUAUUCUGCAAACAUUUAUACUGAGGAACGCAGAGGGUCUGCUCUUCAACAAGGAUUUGAUGAAAAAACUGCAAGAUUACAACUUUGAUGCAAUUCUCACAGAUCCAUUUGAGCCCAUCGGAGCAAUAGCUGGUGAAUAUCUCUCAAUUCCAGCUAUUUAUAUGCAAAUAAACCUUCCUUGUGGUGUCGAUACUCUUGCCAGUCAAUGUCCCGUUCCAGCUUCUUAUGCUCCACAACCUUUUACUCACUUUACUGACCACAUGAAUCUUUGGCAAAGAAGUGUGAACCUGGUCAGGGCUCUGCUGAAGCCCAUGGCUUGCAGACGUUUGUUUACUCUUGCUGAUGAGAUCGCCUCACGGGUACUGCAGAGAAAAACAUCGAUAGUGGAGAUCAUGAGUCGUGCAGCUCUCUGGUUUAUGCGUUUCGACUUUGCCUUUGAAUUUCCACGGCCGCUGAUGCCUAACAUGGUCAUGAUUGGAGGAAUGGCAACCAAGAAGCCAAAAUCAUUGUCACAAGAGCUGGAAGAGUUUGUAAAUGGUUCUGGAGAGCAUGGGUUUGUGGUCUUCACUCUGGGCUCCUUGGUGCCACAGUUACCCGAGGCCAAAGCCAGAGAAAUUUUUGAGGCAUUUAGGCAGAUACCUCAGAGGGUGCUAUGGAGGUACACUGGACCAGUCCCUGAAAAUGCUCCAAAGAAUGUCAAACUGAUGAAGUGGCUUCCACAAAAUGAUAUCUUGGGCCAUCCUAAGGUUAAGGCUUUUAUUACACAUGGUGGAUCACAUGGAAUCUAUGAAGGAAUCUGUAAUGGGGUGCCAAUGGUGAUGCUUCCUCUGUUUGGAGACCAAGGGGAUAACGUUCAGCGCUUAGUGUCUCGAGGAGUUGCAGAAACCCUGAGUAUCUAUGAUCUGACCUCAGAAAAACUACUGGUUGCAUUGAGAAAGGUCAUCAAUGACAAAAGCUACAAGGAGAAGAUGACAGAGCUUUCAGCUAUUCACAGAGACCGUCCCAUUGAGCCUCUGGACCUGGCUGUGUUCUGGACUGAGUUUGUUAUGAGACAUAAAGGGGCAGCGCAUCUCAGACCUGCAGCCCACGAGCUGAACUGGAUUCAGUAUCAUUCUCUGGAUGUCAUUGGCUUUCUCAUUCUCAUUCUAGUGACUGUUAUUUUUGUGACUGUCAAAAGCUGCAUGUUCUGUUUCAGGAAGUGCUUCAAGAAAACUCAGAAAAAGAAGAAGGAAUAGAUGCAUUAAGUCAAUGUUUGUCCAUUUUUGUGGGGUGAUCAUGUAUAGACUUGAUUAAUGUUUGGAGUGAACUCGGUCCUCAUUUUCUUUCCUUGCAUCCUAAGGGGAGGGGGGGGGAUGUAGAGGUCAGACACAAGGAAAGGAAGCAAGAAAAGGAAACGAGGAUGCACAAUAAGUUUUGUGUACUAAAUUUAAAAAAUAAAAAAACUAAAUUUUCCAUAAUAAAUUUCUCCAACACAUUUCUGGUAUUGUCUGACCCAUCCAGAUUACUUCAGUUUCUGUUUUUUGGACAAUUUUUCACUCCAAUAAAAUUAUUUAGCU